AUGGCCGGGAAUGGGGAGUGGGGCCCCGACGGCGGCUCCGCGUUCAACGGCGCAACAGGCGGCGGGAUUGUCGGCCAUGGCGGCCAAGGCGGUCACGGAGAUUACGCCGAGGAAGGUGAUUACGGGGAAGAGGACGGCGCGUAUGAGGAUUAUUUGCCGGAGGACGGCGGCCCUGGUCCUCCGCACCCCCAAGGCGGAGCGGAGUACGGGGAGUACGCGGAGUACGGGGAAGAGGGCGCGGGGAUGGGCGGAGGGUACGCGGAGCAGCAAGGGUAUAUUGAAGGGGGGGAAUACGAGGCUGAUGGUGGUGAAUAUGGGGGGGGAUAUGAAGGGCAGGAGGGAUAUGAGGGACAGGAGGGAUACGAGGGACAAGAGGGAUAUGAGGGACAGGAGGGUUACGAAGGUCAAGAGGGUUACGAGGGAGAAGAGUACAUGGAGCACGAGAUAGGUCACCAGCAGUACGACGAAUAUGGUAACCCUAUUGGCGAAGGAGAGAUGUACGACGAAUAUGGUAACCCUAUCGGCGAAGAGGAGCUGUUAACCCAGCAGCAGCAGGAUCAGGGGCAGUACCAUGCGCAGGGACCUGGGUCUGGCCCUGCUGGUGGUGCUGGUGUAACCAUGACUCCCCAUGGUUCGCAAGGGAGCUACAGAGAGGGGCCUAGCCCGGGGAGAGGAUCGGCAGGAGCAGCAGCAGCAGGGAUGGUGCCUCUACAGCAGCAGCAGCAGCAGUAUGAAGGGGAGUACGACGACCAGGAGCAGUAUGCGGAGGGGCAUCAGGAGGGGUAUGAGGGCGAGGAGGGGUAUGAGGGUCAGGAGGGUUACGGAGGGGAGGAAGGGUAUGCUGGGGAAGAGGGUGGGUAUGAGCAGGAGGGGCAGGAGGGAGUGGUGUACGCGCAGGGGCAGCACGAGCAGGGGGAUUUUGACGAAGGGCAGUAUGAGGAGGGGUAUGACGAUCAGCAACAGUACGGCGAGCAGCAGCAAUACGGGGAGCAGGGUCAAUACGAAGGGCAAGAACAGUAUGAGGGGCAGGAGCAGUAUAUGGAAGGGGAGUAUAUGGAAGGGCAAUACCCGGAAGAUGGGCAGUACGAGCAAGAGGGGCAGUAUGAGCAAGGGGUGCAGUACGAGCAAGGGCAUGGGGAGAUGGGGUACGAGGGGGAAGAAGGGGCGGUGUAUGAAGGCGAGGUGUGCACAUGUGAAGAGUACGGCGGUGUCCCACACGAGCCUCACGAUUUUCACGAUGAUGAUGGUAUCAGAGCAGGAGGGUACGAAGGCCACGAUCAGGGGGGCGUUGGGAACGGACAGGGGUAUGUUGAGGGAGGGAUGGAGGGGGAGGAGUAUGGGGAGGAGGGGUAUAUGAUGGGGGAGGAGGGGUAUGGUGGGCAUGAGGGAGGGUAUGUGAACAAGUAUGGGGAGCAGGUGGAGUGGGUGGAAGGGGAGGAAGGGUACGUGGGGGAAGGGGGAGGGGAGGGGAUGGCGGGUCAUGAUGGGAUGGGGGGUAUGGGAGGGAUGGGGCACUAUCCCCUGGGAGCAGCAGGAGUAGAUGUCUCUGGUGCUGCUGCUGGUGCUGUAGGUGGUGCUGGUGGCGCUGCUAUGUACGGGGAAGACGAGCGGGAUGAGGAUGAUGCUGACGGGAGGAUAGAGCAUGAGAUAGACGAGGAAGAUGAGUUUGGCGCGUACGACCUUGCACUGAGGAAGCACCUAUCGGGGAUACCAGAAGGGGACGAAGAGGCAGAGGCAGAAACACCUGCUCCAAGGUCUAAAGGAAAGUUUGUUCUUCCUUCCAUGCUGGAACAGGGUGGGACGAUUCAGGAAGGGAGUGAUGAGGGCGGGGGAGGGGACUGGGAGGAAGGGGAUCGGGAGGAGGACGAGGAGGGAGAGGAGAGGGGAGGGGAGGAGGAGGAGGCACGGGGCAGAAGGGCGAAUGGGAGGGCGGGUCGAGGGGAGCAGGAGGGUUAUCGAGACGGGGAGGGGGAAGGGGAAAUGGCAGGGGAUGGGGAAGAGGAAGGACCGGGGUCAGUGGUCUCGUUUGAGAGCGGUGAAGAAGGGUUGGAUGAGGAUGAGCAGGCUAGAGGCGUGGUGGAGAGCCGGAUAGUGGAAUCAGGUCGGGCUUUAAACAAAACCAGCACUGGUUCUGGGUCUACGAGAGAGAACGAGACAGGAUCUGUGAUAGAGAGGGAUACUGCUGCUAAGAGCUGGGGUAAGUUUGCGCACCCUGCAUUGGGUAGGGGAGGGAGGAAGAACGGGGGGAGAGUGAAUGGGGAGGUGGAGGGGGAGUAUGGGGGAAUGAAUGGGGAUGUGCUAUAUGAAGAUGAUGAGGAGGGGUAUAGGGAGGAUGAGUAUGGCGAGGAAGGGGGGUAUGGUGAGGAAGGGUAUGGGGAGGAGUAUGGGGAGGAGGGCGAGAUGGGCGAGGAGGGAGAGAGGUAUAUGGAGGAGGAAGGGGGAGAAAGCGGAGGAGAGGGAGAGGGAGGAGAGGAGGAAGAGCGAGAGGGAGAGGGCGAGGGAGGGGGAGGGGGAGAAGGAGGAGGGGGAGGAGGCGGGUUUGCGUUGCUGUCAAUGGGGAAGGAUAUGCCAUUGGCAUUGGAAGGUCAACCUGUGGAUUAUUCUGUUGGGGAUCUGGAAAAAGCCUUUCGUGCCAUGCAGGGUGGAGGAGGGGCAGGGGGAGGGGCAGGAGGGGCGGGAGGGUCCCUUGCUUCUGCCUUCUCCGCUGCAGCAGCAGGAGCGGGAGCAGGAGCGGCGGACGCGAGAGCAGAGAAGGGUGGUGGUGGUGGUGGCAAGUCGGGACAGAAAGGGAGUGGCGGAGGAGGAGGCGGAGGGGGUUUUGCUCUGCUGGAGCUACAGGAUGGGAUCGAUGGGUUGAUUGGGCAACCGGGGCAGCGGAUAGAUGAUUCUGUUGGGGAUUUGGAGAAGGCUUUCAGGCAAAUGCUGGGCGGGAAACUGGGACAGGGGCAGGGGCAGGGGCAGGGGCAGGGGGGGCAAUCGGGGGGUAAAGGUGGCGCAAGAGAAAGGGGAGGUGAUGAGGAGGGUGAGGAGGGGGAGGAGGAGGAGGAGGAGGGAGAGGAGGGAGAGGAGGGAGCAGGGAUGAGCUUAAUGGAUAGGAUGAAUCAGCUGCAGCAGAUGCAGGGGGGCGGGGGCGGGUUGGGAAGUCCGAUGGGCGGGUUUGGAGGUAUGGGGAGUCCUAUAGGUGGCGGCGGCGGCCUAGGCAGUCCCAUGCUGGGAAACGGCUUAGGCAGCCCUGCUUUUGGCGGGUUGGGAAGCCCUCUUUCUGCUCUAAACAGCCCCAUGGGUUUCCCUUCGCAAUUGAAGUUUCAGGGGCAGGGGGAGGGUAAGGGAGAGGAGAGGGGGGGAGAGGAUGGGGACGAGGAAGGGGACGAGGAAGGGGAAGAGGAUGGAGAUGGGGAGGAGGAAGAGGAAGGGGAUUUGCCGCCGACCCCGGUUCCUGCGAACGCGCUGCAGCUUAUGAUGCGUGAGAGUAAGAAGUUUAUGGAAACAGCGGAAGAUGAGAGUGAUGAUGAUAGCUUUGCCCAGGAGGCGAGGGAGCAGGCUGAGUUAGAGGCAGCUGCUGCCGCAGCCGCAGCAGCAGAAGCAGCAGCAGGAGGAGGAGGGGCGGAGGAAGAGGAGGGAGGUGAGGAGGGAGGGGAAGGUGGUGUGGGUGGGUUUGGGAUUAUGGACCGGUUGUUGAGUUUUCAAGAAGGUUUGGAGGAUGGAGAGGGGGGUAUGGGGGGGGGAGCGGGAGGGGAAGGGGGAGAAGGAGGGCUUAUGGGUGCUUUUGCACGACUGCAGCAGGCUUCUGGUGAAGAGGGAGGAGGUUUUGGCAGGGAGGGAGGUGAAGGGAGGGAGGAAGGAGGUGAUAUGAAUAGGGAUGGGGAUGGGGAGGAGGAAGGGGGUUUUGGGAGUGAGGGAGAGGGGAGUGUUCUGGAGCAUGAUAUAGAGGAAGAAGGGGAGGGGGAGGAGGAGUAUGGGGAGGAGGAAGAGGGGGAAGAGGGGGUGGGCGAGAGGGGAGGAGGGGGGCGUGGUGGAGGUAGGGGAUGGGGGUUUCCAGGAAGGAGCAACGGAGGAGGACCGGAGGAGUACGAUGGGGAAGAGGAGGAGAAUGGGGAAGAAGGGGGACGGGUGGAGGAGGGGGAGGAAGAGGGUGAGAGAGAGGAUGGUGGGGAAGGGUAUGAUGAGGAUGGUCCAGGCUUGGGGUAUGGUGGGGAGGGAGAGGAGUACCAAGGAGAGUACCAAGGGGAAGGUGGGGCGGAAGGUGAAAGGGAGGGGUACGAUGAGGAGCAGGAGAGGUAUGAUGGGGAAGAGGAGGAGAUGCAGCAGGAGUAUGGAGAGCAGCAGUACCAGGAGGGGCAAUUCGAGGAGGGGCAGUAUGGUGAGGAGGAGGAGGGGCAGUUGGAGCAAGGGGAGAUGGGCGAGUUGAGUCAAGAGCAGCAGGAUUUGGAUCCUGAGCAGGAAGGGUUCUACUCUGAUGAAGCAGGUGGGCAGGUGUAUAACGAGGAUGGGUAUGAAGGGCAGGGAGAGGCGCAGGAGUAUUUAGAGGGAGAGGGAGAGUAUGUGGAAGGGCAGGAGAAUUUUUUGGAUGAGAACGGGCAGCUGGUGAAUGAGAACGGGCAGUAUGUGGAUGAAAAUGGGCAGCUGUUGAAUGAGAACGGGCAGUAUGUGGAUGAGAACGGGCAGCUGGUGAAUGAGAACGGGCAGUAUGUUGAUGAAAACGGGCAGCUGGUGAAUGAGAAUGGGCAGUAUGUGGAUGAAAACGGGCAGCUGGUGAAUGAGAACGGGCAGUAUGUGGAUGAGAACGGGCAGCUGGUGAAUGAGAACGGGCAGUAUGUUGAUGAAAACGGGCAGCUGGUGAAUGAGAAUGGGCAGUAUGUGGAUGAAAACGGGCAGCUGGUGAAUGAGAACGGGCAGUAUGUGGAUGAAAACGGGCAGCUGGUGAAUGAGAAUGGGCAGUAUGUGGAUGAAAACGGGCAGCUGCUGAAUGAGAACGGGCAGUAUGUGGAUGAAAACGGGCAGCUGGUGAAUGAGAAUGGGCAGUAUGUGGAUGAAAACGGGCACCUGGUGAAUGAGAACGGGCAGUAUGUGGAUGAAAACGGGCAGCUGGUGAAUGAGAAUGGGCAGUAUGUGGAUGAAAACGGGCAGCUGGUGAAUGAGAAUGGGCAGUAUGUGGAUGAAAACGGGCAGCUGCUGAAUGAGAAUGGGCAGUAUGUGGAUGAAACUGGGCGGUUGGUGGACGAAAACGGGCAGUACAUAGAUGAAACCGGGCAGUAUGUGGACGAGAACGGGCAUUAUUUGCAAGAGGAUGGGGCAGGAGAAUUAGGGUUUGACGACGGGGGAGGGUUCAUGAGUGAUGGGAUGGGAGGGAUGAGAAGAGGCACACCUUUAGAGGUGGUGUAUGAGGAGGGGGAGGAGCAGAUGGAGGAGCAGGAGGAUGAAGGAGAGGAAGGAGAGGGGUAUCGUCAGGAACAGGGUUAUAGUGAUGGGCAGGGUUUUAGCGACGGGCAGGAGCAGUAUGAGGACGGUCAGGGUAGCUUCAUUGAACGGCCGGAUGUGGAGCAGCAGGAAUCGUAUGGUGGAGAUGCGCUGGGCAGCUUUAUUGAACGGCCAGAUGCGUCUGGUGAUGGUCAGGGGAGCUUCAUCGAACGGCCGGAUUAUGAGGGGGGAGAGGAGGAGGGGUAUGGAGGAGAGGAGGGGGAGUAUGGGGGAGAGGAGGAAGGGGGGUAUGUGGAUGCAGAUGGGAAUUAUGUGGAGCAGGGGCAGCAGGGGUAUGUGGAUGAAAACGGAAAUUUCGUGGAAGGAGGGCAAGGGUACGUGGAUGAGCAUAGAAAUUUCGUUGAAGGAGGGCAAGGGUACAUGGAUGAAAAUGGAAACUUCGUUGAAGGAGGACAAGGGUACAUGGAUGAAAAUGGAAACUUCAUGGAAGGGGGACAAGGGUACGUGGAUGAGAAUGGAAACUUUGUGGAAGGAGGGCAGGGGUAUGUUGACGAACAUGGUAACUUCGUUCCGAUGCAUGAGGGGGAGUAUGUGGAAGCAGGAGAGGGGUAUGUGGAUGAAAACGGUAACUUUUUACAGGGUCAGAUUCAGCAGCAGCAUGAGCAGGAGCAGCAGCAAGGUUACGUGGAUGAGAAUGGUGAAUACACAACAGAACAGGAGGGGAUGGGGGAAGGAGAGGGGGAGGAAGGAGGAGAGGGCCAAGGCCCGCUCAGUCCCAUGGGGGGUUUUAUGUCUGGACAGGGGAUGAUGGGAGGAGGGCAUAUGGGCAUGGGUCCAGGGUUCGGGCCUAUGAGUCCCAUGGCCCCCCUGUCCCCCGCGUCUCCCAUGGGAGCAGGCAAUACCAUGGGUUUUGCGUCUGAGGAGCAGCAUCAGGUGUAUGGGCAUGGGCAGGGGCAGGGGUAUGGGGAGCUAGGGCCUAUGAGUCCCAUGUCCCCGUAUGGAAAUCAGGGGCAGCAGCAGGAGCAGUAUGGUAUGGGGGUUCUUGGUAGCCCUAUUGCAGGAGGAGGAGGAGGAGGAGGAGGAGGAGGGUCAGGAGGAUCAGGAGGGUCGGGAAGAGGAGGCAGGAUGUUUCCUCCUAGCCCCCGCAGUCCCCACAUGCCAAUGCACCCGCCGUCCCCCCGCCAGCAGUUCCUGCAACAGCAGCAACAGCAGGGGCAGGGGCAGCAGCAGGGGCAGGGGCAGGGGCAGCAGCAGGGGCAGCCGCAGCCGGGGCGGCGUGUGAUUCGGCACGACUCCUCCCGAUCCUUUGACGACCGGGCUUCCAGCAGUCGAAUGUCUUUCACCGAACGGGACAACAGACCCUUCCCUGGUGCUGGUGGUGGUGAUAACUAUGCUGCUGGUUCUGCUCCUGGACUCUCUCCCACUGCCUACUCCCCUGUAGACUUCUCCAGCCGCUCCAACCCCCCCUGGGCUUCUAGCCCUGGAGGAGGAGCGGGGGGCCGCGGGGGAGGGAGAGGCGGCGCGCACAGGGCAGGGAGCAAAUCGUACGGGGGGGAGAUGGACAGGUAUACAGGGAGGGAGAGGUGGGCGAUGGGGCAGAGGAUUGAGCUGGAACGUCCCAAGAGCCGGCAGGGGGGUUAUGAUGAGAACGGACGGCCGGUGAGUCGGCAGGGAGGGUAUGAUGAGAAUGGGAGACCGCUGAGUAGGAGAGGGUCGAGGGAGGAUGAGCGGCCGUUGAGUCGGCAUGGCGAGAGGCCUAGUAGCAGCAGGUCGUUCAGAGGGGGGUAUGAGGAAGGGUUACCAGCAGCCCCUAGGGGGAGCGGUGGAGGAGGGGGAGGGGGAGAUGGAGGAGGGGGGUAUGGGCGUAGGCUUUCGGGCAGCCGAGACGGGCAGCAGAACGAGGAGUUUGCGUUCGGGCAGUUGGGAGGGGGCGGAGGCGGAGCAGGGGGAGGAGGAGGGAUGUAUGUAGUGCCUGAAGAGGAGGAGGAGGAAGAGGAUGAGGAUGACUCUCCUAGCCCUGAAAUGGUUACCAGAACCACGAGUGUGCGAUCUAGCCGAUCCGGAGGGUCUAGAUACUCGAGAGAUGGGGCUGACGGGGGGCUGAGCGGAGGGAGCGAGGGCGAAGGCGAGGGGAGUCCCAUGGGGGGUGGUGGCUUCGCGUUUGGGGCUUCACCUGCUGGUGGUGGUGGUGGUGGUGGUGGUGGUUUGGGGGGCUACGGGGGGGAUUAUGGAGGGAUGGGAGGAGGAGCAGGAGGGGCGGGAGGAGUGGGGGCUGCGGGGCAGUAUGGGGAGUUCGGGGGAGGGUUAGGGUUAGGGUUGAUAGGAGGGGAGCUGGGACCAGUUCCCGAGGUUGAUGAAGAUGCAUUGGAGGAGGAAGAGGAAGAGGAAGAGGAGGAGGAGGGGGAAGAGGGGGAGGAAGAGGGGGGGUUUUCUGCAGGAGAGUUUGACGGGCGGCAGUUGGAGGAGAGUGGUGUGGGAGAGAGUGAGUUGGAGGAAGGGGAGGUGGGGGAAGGAGAGGAGGAAGGAGAGGAGGAGGGAGAGGAGGGAGAGGAGGAAGAGGAGUACGGGCAAGGGUACGGGGAGGACCAUGGGGAGGAGUAUGGGGAGUUUGGAAGCCCGAUCGGCAUGGGAGGGGCAGGGGCGAUGGGGCGAUAUGAGAUGGAGGCUGGAGAUAACUUCCAGUUGCCGCCACAGCAGGGGCAAGGGCAGGGGCAGGGGCAGCAGCAGCAGCAGCAGCAGCAGCAGCAGCAGCAAGGAGGGCAGGAUGAGCUGAACGCGUGGCAGCAGCAGCUAACGUCUCAGAUGUACUCGCCUCGACCGCAGCUGCCAGCGCAUCUCAUGCAUCAGAUGGGCAUGGGUGCAGGCAUGGGUGCAGGUAUGGGUGCGGGCACAGAUUCUCUCUACCAGCAUGGGCAGCAGGGGCAGGGGGGUAUGAUGAUGCAGCUAGGCAUGCUGUCCCCGCGGCCGGACAGCAACCAGCAGCUGUUAGUGCAUGCGCCAAUGCUGCAACCACAGGGGCAGCAGCAGGGAGCAGGGGUUGCACCCCAGGCUCCUCUACAGGCAGUGCAGCCACAGCAGCCGUCCCCACCCGCUAAGAAACGGUCUCCCAGGCAGCAGAAGCAGCAGCAGGCGCAGCAGCAGCUGCUGCAGGCUCAGAAGGCUGCUAGCUCCCCGUCGCCCCUCUCCCAGCAGCAGCAACAGCAGCAGCAGCAGCAGGUGCAGGCAUCAGGGUCGCCCAUGCAGCAGCAGCAGCAGCAGCAGAGGGCUCAGAUCACGCCUCAACCCCCUCCUCCUGCGCCCGAGGGUCAAAAGGGAGGGAAGAGGAGGCCGCAGCAGAGGAAGGGGCUGAGGAAGAACCAGCAGGGAGCAGGGCAGUUGGGAGCAGGCACAGGCGAUCAACAGCAGCUGCUGCAGCAGCAGGGGCAGCAAGGGCAGCAGGGGCAGGGGCAGCAGCAGGGGCAGGGACAAGGGCAGACGAGGGGUCUUGGUGCUGGUUCUGAUGCUGGUGUUACUGGUGGUGGUGGUGGUGGUGGUGGUGGUGGUGGUGGUGGUGGUGGUGGUGGUGGUGGUGGUGGUGUGGUGGUGGUGGGUGGUGGUGGUGGUGGUGGUGGUGGUGGUGGUGGUGGUGGUGGUGGUGGUGGUGGUGGUGGUGGUGGUGGUGGUGGUGGUGGUGGUGGUGGUGGUGGUGGUGGUGGUGGUGGUGGUGGUGGUGGUGGUGGUGGUGGUGGUGGUGGUGGUGGUGGUGGUGGUGGUGGUGGUGGUGGUGGUGGUGGUGGUGGUGGUGGUGGUGGUGGUGGUGGUGGUGGUGGUGGUGUGGUGGUGGUGGUGGUGGUGGUGGUGGUGGUGGUGGUGGUGGUGGUGGUGGUGGUGGUGGUGGUGGUGGUGGUGGUGGUGGUGGUGGUGGUGGUGGUGGUGGUGGUGGUGGUGGUGGUGGUGGUGGUGGUGGUGGUGGUGGUGGUGGUGGUGGUGGUGGUGGUGGUGGUGGUGGUGGUGUGGUGGUGGUGGUGGUGGUGGUGGUGGUGGUGGUGGUGGUGGUGGUGGUGGUGGUGGUGGUGGUGGUGGUGGUGGUGGUGGUGGUGGUGGUGGUGGUGGUGGUGGUGGUGGUGGUGGUGGUGGUGGUGGUGGUGGUGGUGGUGGUGGUGUGGUGGUGGUGGUGGUGGUGGUGGUGGUGGUGGUGGUGGUGGUGGUGGUGGUGGUGGUGGUGGUGGUGGUGGUGGUGGUGGUGGUGGUGGUGGUGGUGGUGGUGGUGGUGGUGGUGGUGGUGGUGGUGGUGGUGGUGGUGGUGGUGGUGGUGGUGGUGGUGGUGGUGGUGGUGGUGGUGGUGGUGGUGGUGGUGGUGGUGGUGGUGGUGGUGGUGGUGGUGGUGGUGGUGGUGGUGGUGGUGGUGGUGGUGGUGGUGGUGGUGGUGGUGGUGGUGGUGGUGGUGGUGGUGGUGGUGGUGGUGGUGGUGGUGGUGGUGGUGGUGGUGGUGGUGGUGGUGGUGGUGGUGGUGGUGGUGGUGGUGGUGGUGGUGGUGUGGUGGUGGUGGUGGUGGUGGUGGUGGUGGUGGUGGUGGUGGUGGUGGUGGUGGUGGUGGUGGUGGUGGUGGUGGUGGUGGUGGUGGUGGUGGUGGUGGUGGUGGUGGUGGAUACUGCUAGUACUAAGACCAAGCGGAAAGGGAAGGGGGCAGGGAAAGGGGCCAAGAGCGCUGAAGCAAGGCUGCAGGGGAGGAACAGGAGGGAAGGGGACGAGGCUGCGGCUUCGGCCGGUGGAAAGAAAGGGAAGGGGAGAAAGGCAGUGGCAGGAGGUGCUAGUACUGAAGCUGAUGCUAUGGAGAACGAUCGGAUUAGCUCCAGUGGUGGUGGUGGUGCAGCAGCAGCAGCAGCAGGGGCAGGAGCAGGAGCAGGAGCAGCAGGAUUAAGAAGCAUGACUCGUGGGGACUCGGCUAUCUUUGACUCACUACCCAUGGGACCCGUGCAGGUGCAGGGGUACUAUGCUGGGGAGGAUGGGAUGUUGCAUAACAGCCCUGGCACUGGCAGCAGCAACGGCCGCAACGCUGCUGCUGAUACAUCCCCAGCAGCAGGAGCAGGAGCAGCAGGAGCAGCAGCAGGAGGAGGAGCAGGAGGAGCGUUGCUUGCAGAGGGCCCGGAUUCCUUCGUGGACUUGAAUCUAGAAGAGAUUGGGGAGGCGGAGACGGGGAAGCAGCUAGUGUUUGCGGGACAGGCAGUGGAGCGAGCGGGAAGAGCUGCGAGAUCGAACCGAGAGAGCAGAGCGGGCAGAGCAGGCAAAGGCAUGGACGGUGCAGGUGGGAGUGUGGUGGGAGAAUCAGAGAUGCAGGGGACAGUGUCGGGGCGCAAGAGGAGCAGCAGCAAGGAGACUGUUGCGAGCACACGCCGACAGCUCUUCCCUUCGCCGCAACAGAAGACAACAGUCCCGUACUACGGCUCCUUCUCCCCAGCCUCGCUCCUCCACUCCGCGCAAGUCCUGGAGCACCAGCAGCAGCGCUCCAAGGGCUACUCCGCGCUUGACCGCUCGCUCCUCACCGCCAUCCUCUCCGCCCUCGACUCGCCCCGCGACUGGCUGUCCUUCUCCCUCGUCUGCAAGUCCUGGCGAGCCGUCGCUUACCACGGGCUACGCUCCCUCCGCCUGGUGCGAGGCAGGAGGGUCACCCUCGAGGGGUUAAUCCGAGCCCUCGCUCACUGCCCGAACCUCACGUGUUUGGAUAUUCCGGGGAUGUGCUUGGAUCAGCCGCUCCAGUCCCUCUCCCUCAACUUCCACAACGGCCAGCACCACGUGCGCCUACCCGACUCCGUAUCCAACCUAACCGCUCUCCACUCCCUCGAACUCGCCUUCCACUACCCCGCAUCCCUCCCGCCCUCCCUCUGGUCCCUCACCAACCUCCAAACUCUCCGCCUCGUCGGCUGGAAAGGCCUGGCUUUCCUCCCCAACUGCAUCGGCGACCUUCGCAGCCUCUGUACUCUUGAUCUCCGCUGCUCCGACUUAGUCGACCUCCCUCCCUCCGCCGGAUCCCUCCCGUUCCUCCGAGAACUAGUCUGGGAGACCAGGCGCACGCGGGAAAUGGAGCUGUACGGCUCAUCCAUCCCGCCCUCCAUAAUCGCUUUCUCCGACAUAUCCCAUCUCACGCUCAAAAACGUCUGGACCGCAUCGGACGAUCUGCAGCACUUGACCUCUCUCACGCGGUUAGAGCUCUGGGGCGCUAAGGGGCACUUGCGGGUGCUCCCAGAGGCUCUAGGCGAGCUAGACCGGCUGGUCUAUCUCGACGUAAGAGGGUCGUUCCGUGUCGUUCCCUCCUCCAUAGGCCGCCUGCGCCGCCUCGAGACCCUCAUACUGCUCAGCGAAGUUUUGGAGCUGCUGCCCGCGGAGCUCGGGCAGCUCACGAAUCUCCGCGAGCUGAGGCUCGAUGGGUGCCGGUCUAACCCCAAGCUGCCCGCGUCUCUCUGGACUCUCCACAACCUCCGAACCCUCUCCAUGCCCUGCGACCGAGUCCCUGAAGAGAUCGGUAAUCUCAACUCUCUUCACUCCCUUGCAAUCGAAUCCGAUACCCCCCGUUCCCUUGCCAACACCUUCCUCCCUGCUCCCAUCGGCUGGUUGUACGAGCUAAAAGAGCUCCGGCUAGUCUGCCCCUACGUUCGCUCCCUCCCCUCCUCCUUCGUCCUUCUGGGGAACCUACUCGACCUCCAGUUGCAAUUUUCCGGGCCGCUUCCGAAGAAUUUCGGCGAGCUGAACUCUCUGCAGAGGCUCGUAUUGGACAGCCGGGAAGUUUACGCGCUGCCCGAGUCUUUCGGGGAGAUUCGCACGCUCGAGUCCCUCACUCUGGUCUGCGAAAAACUUGCGUCGCUGCCCGACUCGUUCGGGAACCUCUCCUCGCUGCGCUCGCUCACCCUCGUCCACUGUGCAAAUCUUUCUACGCUGCCCGUCUCCUUCGGGAAGCUGAAAAAUCUUUCCCGGUGGGAGGCGCAGUGCAAGGAGCUUUUCUGGCUGCCCGUGUCAGUGGGCAAUUUAGUUUCUCUCCAAAGCUUGGAGCUUGAGAGUGAUGUGAUUACUCAGUUACCAGACACGUUUGCCCCUGGUUCCCCUGUCUCCUCCCCCUUCCCCACCUUACCCCCCCCCCCCCAAGUAUUAGGUGAGUCAGGGGCUGCACUGGUGACUUUUGAGUCGACUCAAGAGUCAGGGGCAGCACUGUACUGGGUGAGCCAGGGGCAGCACUGGUGCGAGUACUGCCGCAUAUUCCUGGCCAACAACGCGGCGUCCAUCCGCAUGCACGAGGGCGGCACCAAACACAAGGAGGCCGUCGCUGCCAAGCUCAGCGCCAUCCCUCCCUCCCCUGCACCCUGCAUCCGCUCCCCUGCAUCCACCUCCCCUUCCCCUUCCUCCCACCAGCACUGGGGGCAGCACUGGUGCGAGUACUGCCGCAUAUUCCUGGCCAACAACGCGGCGUCCAUCCGCAUGCACGAGGGCGGCACCAAACACAAGGAGGCCGUCGCUGCCAAGCUCAGCGCGAUACGCAGGGAGGGCAAGCAGAAGGAGCGCGAGAAGGAGGAGGCUGAGCGGGCUAUUGCCGCUAUAGAGGAGGCAGCGAAGAGGCAGUACGAGAAGGACGUAGCGGAGCAGAGGCGGCAGCAGCACCAGCAGCAGAAGGGAUCAGAGAUGCAGCAGCACAGAGAAGCAGUGGCUGCAGCCGUUGCUGCUGUCGACGCCGCUUCCUCUGCUGCUGCUGCUGCUGGUGGGGAAUCGGCGGGAGAGCCGACCAUUCCCCCUCCACCGCCUCCCCCCCAGUCGAAAAACGUUUCUGCUGAUGAGUGGGUACUGGAGGAGAGCAGCGGAUACCACUACAGCCACCGCUCGGGUUACUUCUAUGACUCCAAGUCUGGGCUCUACUAUUCAGAUUCCAUUGCGCGCUGGUGCAGCCAUCAGGAGGUAUCCACCCUCUCAGCAGCCUCCCCCAGAAAGCCCUCCCCAGCGGCUCCUAACUCGCAACAACCCACCACUGCUGGCACCACAGCUGCCCGGAAAAACCCUGCCGGGGCAGGCGGGCCUGCCCCAGGCCCCGUUCGGGCAGGCGCCAAGAAAGCUGUGGGGGGGAAGGCAGUGGUGAAAGGGGUGGCUUCGUCGGUUGCGUGUGAUCCGAAUGCGAGGAAGCGGGGGAGGAAGAUGAGUGAGGAGGAAGAGAAGGCGUUGGCUGCAAGGGAGGCUGCGAGGAGGAGAACGCAGGAGCGGGAGAAGAAGAGCCUUGGCCUGUACUCCUCUUAUUGA